AAAUCUUCGUAGACCAUCUUUGGAGCUGUUGGCUGUACAAAACAGUCUGAAAAUGUUGCACUCGUCGUAUUCGCGUUCCACGUUUUAUUAUUCGAUUAUAGUAUUAUGCAGUUUGUGUUCAUUAAGUGUAAAUUUAACGUACGUCAAUUCGACAGAUAUUGCGACAGUUUUUGAAAAAGUUGUUCACAUGUGUCAUAGAAAAUCGUACAACGUGUCGUUAUUCGAUUGCCUAAAAGAACGUUCGUUGAUCGGUAUUGAUUCCAUAUACAGGUCCAAAAAUGAUAUAAGUCUCGUACCAAAUUUCCUAUCGCUGGUUCCCAACGAUAACUAUCAUAUAGAGGAACGUACUGGCAAGAAUCUACUGAUGGAUAUCGAAAGCCAAAGUCCGCAGAACCGAUCUCAAAUGUUGGAUAAUCUGAUCGCCGGUCGAGCUUUUGAUUUUUUGGCCAGUCGAUCGGUCAGCAUCAAGGUGCCGUUUACGACGUUCGACGUUUUUGGAUUUUUGAGCAAUGACGACAAUAACCAGACAGAAGGUCGAGGAGGCAGCGGAAAAAAGGACAAAGGAGGCGGUUUACUCGCCAUGGGAGCCAUGAUGGCGGGUACGAUGAUGGCAAUGAAAAUGGCAGCUAUCGCGGCGAUGGCCGGAAAAGCUCUAAUGGCCAGUUUAAUGGCGUUGAUGCUGGCAGCUUUGGCAUCACUAGGUAAGAAAGGCGGUGGCCACAGUUCAUACGAAGUGAUAAACGUGCCUACUCAUGGUCAUCACGGCAGACGUUCUAUGCAAGAGCAACAACAUCAACAACAACAACAGCAGCAUUAUUCCGAGGAAUAUUACAAUGUAACGCCGGCUGCCGACGAAUACGAACUUCCGGCUUGAUAAAAAAAUUUUAAAAAAGCUCGCUCUCUUUUGCGAUGCAGGUUACAGUUUAUAGUCAUGUAAAGAAUGAUAAGAAAAUAAUA